AUGCGUCUCAUUGUUCGUCAGACUGCCGAAGUAGCAUCACGAUAUGUUGUCCAGUAUAUUACUACAAGGAUCAAUGAAUUCGGACCAACGCAGGAAAAGCCAUUUGUCCUAGGAUUGCCUACGGGUAGCAGCCCUUUGAACAUUUACAGAUCUCUCAUUGAAGCAUUCCGUGACGGCAAGGUAACUUUCCGUCAUGUAGUGACUUUCAAUAUGGACGAAUACGUUGGAUUGCCUCCCGAGCAUCCGGAGUCUUACCAUUCUUUCAUGCACAAAAACUUUUUCGACCACGUUGAUUUACAGCCGGAGAAUAUCAAUAUUCUGGACGGAAACGCACCGGACCUGGCCGCAGAGUGUCUCGCCUAUGAAGAAAAGAUCAUUGCCAGUGGUGGUAUUGAACUGUUUCUUGGAGGUGUCGGAGUUGACGGCCAUAUUGCGUUCAACGAGCCAGGCUCAAGUUUGGCUAGUCGUACGAGGAUCAAGUCACUGGCUUAUGAGAUGCGUCUCGCAAAUUCACGAUUUUUCGGCGGCGAGAUAGAUGCAGUACCGCGCAUGGCCUUGACAGUCGGUGUGCAGACCAUUAUGGAUGCCCGAGAAGUAGUCAUCAUUGCAACGGGACCCGCGAAAGCGUCUGCCGUGCACCAAGCUGUGGAAUCAGGGAUCAGCCACUGGUGUACUCUGUCAUGUCUACAGUUGCAUCCGCGUAGUAUGGUCGUUGUAGACGAGGAUGCCACUCUGGAGAUGCGAGUCAAGACCAUCAAAUAUUAUAAAGAGGUUGAACAGAUAGCUGAACAAGGCAAUGAAGCUGAGCAGAAAGCUUCUGGGUCAAUCGGGCCCGUGACUCCGAGAACAACUGCUCGCGAUUGCGAGGAUGGAGACCUGACGCCAGACAGCAUGGCCUCACGCAAUGACAGCCUCACGGAACUGAGACAUUGA